GUCUUGUUCAGCAUCCUCUUACCAGACAGAAAGUUUCAAUCUUCUUUUUUGCUUUCCUUUUGUCAACAGCUUCAAAGAUACUUUGUUACCAUUUUAUAUAAACAGGAUCAGUCACAGUGGAGUUCUAAAUGUGAUUAUUUCUUCUUACCUAGAGCAAACUUAUCUUUAAAAAAAAAAAAGCAAUUUGGUGGUAGCAAAGUAUCUUUGAUGAUCCAUGUUAUGAGUGAUUCUCCAUUUAUAUAUGGUGAAACUUGAAUUUUUGCAACUAUUUGAACAACAAUCUUCUCUAAACUCAAUAUCUCUAGGAAAGGUAUAUUCAUUUCUGUGGUUACUAACUGAUUACAGUGUUUCAUACAAAGGCAGAAAAGAUCUGCAUGUGAAUUGAAACAAGCAAACAAACUGGGAGUCAUACUUGCAAGUUGCUGAGCCCUUGCCAAAAUAUAAAGAAUGUAAAAGGGUAUGUAUACUUCUUUCUUGGGAUACAAGAAACUUCAAAAGCACAAAGACAAUAUAAAUCAUAUCUCAUUUGUCAUCUGUGAAGACCUUGGAAAUCAAGUCACCUAAACGCCUCGAGUAUUAUCUUGGAUCAUAUUGCAUGCUAUUGUAAGUGUGUUCAAGCUUUUUGCUGAUAAUCCUGAAGAAUGUCAAUAAUGCCAAAGAUCGUCACCUCAUCGUAGAACUCCUUAUGUAGGCUCUCCCACAAGCUGAAGCUAACAGCCGCUUUUCCUUGUUGUUCUCUCUGUAUGGACUAGCAUGUUGCUCCCUUCUUCGCUUGUUGGGUCUUUCGCAUGCUCCCUCCCAUGCUUUUUUAGAACAUAGCUUAAUUUGUUCCUUGCUUCUUGUAUUAACCUUAAAAAAGAAUCUAUCAAACAAAACUGGAUGCUAUUAGCAGCAUUUAGAAGCAUGCCCUCAUAAACAUGCACGUUCUUGUCUAGAUAACAAUCCUAAAGAUGUACAAAUACCCAAGAAAUCAACAAACAUAUGUGACAUGGGUGUUUUCUUUCUUGACUCUAUAAUCUCAAUGUAAUUGAGACAAAUAAAAAGAGCUUGCUUACUUUUUCUUUCGAACUGCAGCAUCAUUAGAUUGAAUAUUGUUAUGGCCCAUGUUCCAAACCAUACAAAGAUAGAGAAAUUAUCAUAGUUAUCAUUAUUUUUUUAUUUUUUUCCAUAGUUAUCAUUAUUUUUAUAAGUUAAUAAAACUAUUUAACGAAAUAGGAUGUGGAAGACUUUUGUUGUUGUUAUAAAGAGAAAUUGAUAAGACUUUCAUAAGCUUCUUGUAAUUUAUCAACACUUGGCAACUUAAGUUGGGUACCACAAAGUUUUCUAUUAAUUUAUCUGUCAACACCAAAUUAAAAAAAAAAGUAUGUCUAGUCACAUCACACAUCACACGUAGUUAUCAUAUACAAUUCUAGUCCUGAUGCCGACCAUCUCGAUUCAUUGUGAUCAAACAGGUCGGAUCAAAAUUAAAUAAUUGUCCAAACUCAACUUCAAGGAAACAAACUCCUUUUGCUGAAAAUGGUUGAACGGCCGAAUCUAAUUGCUUUUUUUUCCCGACUGCAAGCUAUUUGGUUCAGUUACAUGGCAGUGUUGCAUAGAAAGAUAUACAAAUAUAUAUAUAUAUAUAUAUAUAUAUAUAUAUAUAUACAAGGAGGAAGACCAUUCUUGGUGAUCAUCAUCAUUUCGUUCUUCAAAGGCGGUUGAGGUAGCAAUUUUCUGCCAUAGCUGUCUUUUCCCUUAACUUCAACAUAGCUUUUGCUUCGCUCUAUUACAUAAAAAGAUAGAAUGAGAUACAUUUCAUCAAAUGAAACAUAAACAUAACCUCAAAGUCAAUACGGACCAGCAUCGAGGUCUUGACCCAUGUUGUGAUAACCUCUUUUUAAUUAAUUCUUAUUUUUGUAUUUCGUGAUAGCUUGCCUUUCUGUUUCAUAUUUGACAAAUUUGUAAGAUAAUAUUGAGAAACAAAUGUUGGAGGCGUGACUUGUGAGGUCGGCGAGGACUAAUUUAGUUUUCUAAUAAUGGUUCUUUUUUUAGUUUUUAAUAUAUAGAAUAGUUCUCAAAAUUAUUAAUUAUGACUGUAUUUCCAUAUGUUAAAAUUAAUGGUCACUGUAUUUGAUAUAUCAUAUGCAGGAUCAUAUGGUCACGAUAUGAUUUUUAAAUUCCAAAUUGUAUUAGAGUGAUUAAAAUUUUGAUUAGUACAUUAUUGUUUAUAUUUUCAAACCAAUACAUAUUUUUUUCUUAAUUUGUCAACCAACAUAUUAAGGAAUAUAUUCUCCUGGUUUGCAAAAAAUAUCAAGGUGGAAGAGGCAUGCAGAUCUUUCUUUAAUAAUAAUAUGAGAAAGUUAACCAAAAAUAAAAUACAUUUCCGUCAACGGAUAAACUAUUAAAAAUGAUAUGUAACAUAUGAAGCAUUGACACUUGUAGAAAAUCACAUGCCACACCACAAAGAGAUAACAUAUUCCUAAAUUUUCGCUGACAACGAUUACAAUUACACCCCAUUCUCUCGUCGACAUCGUGUCAUGACUCAAAUCUUCUUUUUGUUUUAUCUUAAUUUGGAGUCUUUUGGGACAUUAAGAUUCAGAACAACGAGUAGAUUUAAGUACUAAGCAUAAGAAUCCUGCAUCAACCCUUGUGGAAUAUAGCUUUAAAUGUCCGUGCCAACUUUUUACCAUAAAACAUGAAUACAAAACUAUUUAUUUAAAAAAUUUAUAACCAGUCGUUAUGAAUUUUCUAGAAAAUAUAUACUAACAUAACAACCAAACCAAACGUGACAAAAAUUAUCACCCAUCAAUUAUACUAUUCUGAUUUGUUUCCAAAUUUUAAAUGGAAGAUUGUAAAAACGAAUUUACGUUUAAAAAAAAAGUAUCUCUAUGAUAAAACGCGAUUUUUUACAGACACAUGCAGACGGCGAUCCAUCUGAAAGAGACAGAACCAUCUAAGCUCAACACUUGUCAUUCGAUCAGAAAGUCUUAAAAUUAACGUUGCUUGUCAACUCUAAUCUCUUUCACUAAUCUCCUCGCUGUCGCCACGUCACCAUUCCCCGCCUGUUAUAACUAGCCAGCAACUCGCGUACAGAGACAGAGAGAGACAGCAAGCAAUCAUAUCACAAAAAGCCUCAAAAAGAAAUAAUAAAAAAAAACGUUUGUGUCAGAAAAUUCAGUGUUUACUAUUCGUCUCUUACCACCUCUCUUCUAUCUCUGCAAACUUCUCGAACCAACUCUCUGUAAUAACAAAAAAGUGAAAAACAACAAGAAUUAAUCAAGUAGAACUCGUGUUUCUUGGAGUUUGUCCCAGAAAAGAAAAUGGACGUGAAUAACAAGGAUAAGGAGAAGAAGAUCGAGUUUACAUUCGAAGACGAUGAAGAUCUUGAAGACACCAGUAAGUACGAGAACGACAGCGACAACACUGACCAAAGCGACCUCGGAGAUCUCCCUGGCGACGACGACAACAACAACAACGAUGAUACUUUCAUCUCCCAGGUUCAAUGGCCUCAGAGCUUUAGGGAAACGACUGAUUCUUAUACCAUUGCUGCAUCACCAAUCUUCGGGUCACUCUUGAGUAAUCCGAGUUUCUACACUCCGAGUUUCUACAGACAGAGCAAAAGUAAUCUAGACGUUGAGUCUAAAGCCCCUUUGCUCCCUGAGAGAAACGAAGAAUCCGACAAAGCCUCAGUUACACAAUCAGUUUGGUCUCAUAAAGGUUCAUUCGCUGAAGAGUUGCCCAUUGGUGGCUAUGGCUGCAGCUUCACUCAAACCAUUUUCAAUGCGAUUAAUGUAAUGGCUGGAGUUGGACUACUCUCAACACCUUUCACAGUGAAAGAAGCUGGUUGGGCUAGUAUGGUGAUUCUUCUAUUAUUUGCUGUUAUAUGUUGUUACACUGCUACUUUAAUGAAAGAUUGUUUCGAGGCCAAAACCGGCAUUAUCACUUAUCCUGACAUUGGUGAAGCUGCUUUUGGCAAGUAUGGUCGUAUUCUCAUCUGUGUGAUAUUGUACACAGAACUAUAUUCAUAUUGUGUUGAGUUCAUCAUUUUGGAAGGUGAUAACCUUACUGGUCUCUUCCCUGGUACAUCCAUCGAUUGGCUUGGGAUCCGCAUUGACUCCAAACAUUUAUUUGGAAUAUUCACUGCUCUAGUUGUUCUUCCAACUGUUUGGUUGAAGGAUCUUCGCAUCAUUUCCUACCUAUCAGCUGGUGGAGUUAUUGCAACUGUUUUAAUAGCAGUGAGCACUUUCUUCCUCGGUACAACGGGCGGUAUAGGGUUUAAUCACACUGGUCCUGCUGUGAAGUGGAAUGGGAUACCGUUUGCUAUUGGUAUCUAUGGAUUUUGCUAUUCAGGUCACUCUGUGUUCCCAAAUAUAUAUCAGUCCAUGGCUGAUAAAACCAAGUUCAACAAGGCAGUGAUCACAACUUUUAUUUUAUGUGUGUUGCUAUAUGGAGGAGUUGCAAUCAUGGGUUAUUGCAUGUUUGGUGAAGCAACCUUGUCUCAGAUUACACUAAACAUGCCGAAGGGAUUGUUUUUCUCCAAAGUGGCUCAAUGGACAACGGUUGUGAGUCCGUUUACAAAAUAUGCUCUUUUGAUGAAUCCACUUGCAAGGAGUAUAGAAGAGCUAUUACCGGAAAGGAUCUCAGAGAACAUAUGGUGCUUUCUUCUUCUAAGAACAGCACUUGUUGCUUCUUCUGUUUGUUCUGCUUUCCUUAUCCCAUUUUUUGGUCUUGUGAUGGCUCUGAUAGGAUCUUUUCUCAGUAUACUUGUGGCUAUAGUAAUGCCAGCUCUAUGCUUCAUAAGGAUAAUGGGUAACAAAGCUACAAGAACACAGAUGAUUCUGAGUUCAACAAUAGUGGUGAUUGGGUUGGUGAGUGGGGCCUUGGGGACAUACUCUUCGGUUGCAAAGAUCAUUAGGAACUAUUAGAUGAAGAAGAUCAUCAUAUAGUGUCUCUCCUUUUCUUUGAGUUUAAUGUUUAUGUUGAUGCUAGUAAAAAACUUGAUUAAGAUUUAUUUGGACUUUUGAAGUAAUAAAAUUAGUGAAAGGUUUGUUUUUGUA